AUGUCUCAAUUCACACAACUCCUCGCUAUUGUUCUCGCCGCGCUCAGCGUCCAAGCCAUCGUCGUGCCCACCCGCCGCGAUGCCCCAGAACCUCGUCCUAUUAAGAACGGUUUUGUGAAACGACAAGCGCAAGUUGAGCUCGCAGCCGUCUCGUCAUCGUCGCCGUCGCAGAGUUCAGUUCCUGGUCACGUUGAUCUUAUCACUUCUAACGGCCAAACGACUGGACAUUUGCUCGCAGACUUUGCUCAAGGAAGAUUUGACAGCUCGCCGGACACGUGGACUUCGCUGUAUCUUGCGUCUCUGAACUCUGACAACACUCGAACUGCGCUCCAAGUUCCGACUGCAAACGGCACUCUUUGCGCGACAUUCCAAAAGAAGACUUCAUCGUCGUCAACCCCGAAGCCUCUUGGUCUUGCUGAUUGCAUCGACAAUGGCGCAACUUCGACGACAAGCCAGACUUUUGCGUACAACAAGACUUCUGGAGUAAUCACGCCUGUUUGGGGAGAAGAUCCUGCUACAAUUGGCGCUGAUACUAACCCGAAUGACUAUGCUGAACGUCGCCGUGACACUGCGCCGCCGCCGCCGCCAACGAGUGUGACGCUCAAGUUUAUUGCUGACUCUGUUUCGUCUUCUUCUUCUUCGAGUUCUGCUGCUGGUGCUUCUGCGACGAUAUUCAACGCCCAAGUGCAAUCUCCGCCGACGUCGUCGAUCAGCAGCGCACAGUUUCUUCCGCCGCUGUCUUCAGCUUCCUCGUCAACAGUCGGCUCGGUUUCUUCGUCGACCAGUGACAGCUUCUCGAGCUCGUCCACGCCUUUGAUGAGUAAUCAAGCUUUGUCACCCAGCGCGUCAGUAUCUCCAACUCCCGCAGCCGCAGGUCGUCGUCGUCGAAGACUUUAG